UGCUGUAGUUGUUCGAAGAAGCUGAGUGUAACAGGUGUAGGAGGCUCAUCUCUGUAGUGUCGGAUUAUUCCCGGAUUCUCAGUAAAACUUCACACUAUCUGAGAAGACAGACAUGGAGGAAAUGACGAUAUGGGAGCAGCAUACUGUAACACUGAACAAAGAUCCUAAGUACGGUUUUGGUGUUGCUAUCUCGGGCGGAAGAGACAAGCCGAAUCCAGCCAAUGGCGACACAGCUGUGGUCAUUUCUGACGUGGUGUCUGGUGGCCCAGCAAUGGGCAAGCUACAAACCCGGGAUCAGAUAGUCAUGGUAAAUGGGGUGUCCAUGGAGAACACCACCUCACAAUAUACUAUUCAGCAACUGAAAAGCUGUGGCAAAGCGGCCAACGUUACUGUAAAGAGGCCUCGCACGAUUCAGGUUCCAGCCAGCAACAGGCCCACGCGCUCUUCCUCACAAUCAAACCUGCUGGACAGCAACCAAUAUGAUCAAAAACCUGGGCGUGGCUCAGACUCUGGGUAUAGCCGGCGCCCACGCAGCAUCACACCUGAACGCAACGGUCAUGACCUAGCGCUUAUGUCUGGUUUUAAACGGUUACCCAACCGAGACACAAUGGAUAAACCCGUCAGAGCCACACUAGUGAAGAAAAAACCCACAGAUGAAUAUGGAAUGAAGUUAGGGAGUCAGAUCUUCAUAAAACACAUGACUCCCACCGGUCUGGCUGCUAAAGAGGGGACACUGCAGGAGGGAGAUCUGGUUCUGAAGAUUAAUGGAAUGACCACAGAGAAUCUGUCACUUCUGGAAACCAAACACCUGGUGGAGAAAUCCAGAGGAAAACUCACCAUGUUGGUGCUGAGGGAUGAGCGAAGGUUCCUGGUCAAUAUUCCGGAGGUAGAGGACAGUCCACGGAACAGUGCAGAUGAGAGACGUAGAGAGAGCAGCUCAGAGUUGGAGGAAAUUUCUGAUCUGGAUUCAGACACUGCGAAUCGUACAUCUCGUCCGACAAACCGAGAGCGGCGCACACGCAGACACCGAACUGAUGCCCCUCCUUCCUCGAAAGUGCGGGACUCACCCCCUUCACGCACCUCCAGACAACAGCCAGCCGCCCAGUCGAUGCCUAGACGCAGAGUCUCAUCUGAGUCAGAAUCAGAUCGCAGCAACUCUCCUGCUCCGGCUAAACCUGACAGCAAUGAUAACAGAGAUCGCUACAGAGUUCUCACAGGGGUGUCAGCGCUGCCCAAUCCUCGAGCUUCUCCUGUUCCUUACAACUUUAACGCUCCUCGCUCCUCCUCUUCACUGCCUCGGCCUCGUAAAGCGAUUUCUGAGUCUGAUUCGGACCGCAGUGCUUCUCCAGUACCCAGGCGGGAGAGUCCCAGGACGGACGUUAACACCCGAUACAAAGUGCUCCCUGACCUUCCUCAAGGUGGUUUGAACCCCUCUGCCCGCAGCCGCUCCCUGGACCUCCUCCACAACAACCCUUAUAGACCUUCACCACGAGAUGAAUCGGAGUCGGACAGGAGUUCAGGACCUGCACGCAGACAGGGCACCAUGUCCAGCCUGGACAUACGCGACAGAUACAGAGCCACUCCUGAAGUAGACACAAGCCCCAUGGUCAGCCCACCAAAAUGGUCCAAACCCUCUACACCUAUCAGGAGAGGGCCGUCAGAGUCUGGAUCAGAUGCAAGUUACCCCUCCGUUCCCAGACCAGACCAGUCACGUGGACAAGAGUUUGUUCCUGAAGCGCAUGCACCAUCAGUUAAAAACAGACCAGAGCUUCGUUAUGGAGCUCCCUCACCUGCCAGAUCUAAUGAUCCUGCUGUAGUUGAGAGAGCCCCGUCUACACCCAGGAGAUCACGCAGCAGCACAGAUCAUGACAGCAACCAAAGUUUUCCACAGGCAGAUGCCACCUUGGUAUCUGAUAUAUUGCGAUCCAAUCACACCAGGGUGAAAACCAAGCCUGAAGAAGAGCCUCUUUACUCCCUGCCACCGGAUGCAGAUUUUGAACCCAACCUUGGCUACAGUUCGGAUCAGCACACAGUGGGAUUUAUUAAGGAGGGGAACGUGGGUCUUCGGCUCGUAGGAGGAAAUGAUGUGGGCAUCUUUGUUGGUGGAAUUCAGCCCAACAGUCCUGCACAGAAGCAGGGCAUGAAAGAGGGGGAUCAGAUCCUACAGGUUAAUGGUGUAGACUUCACCCACAUGACCAGAGAGGAGGCUGCCAUGUUCCUCAUGAAUAUUCGGUCUGGAGAUCGCAUCAACAUGCUAACUCAAAAUAAAAUGGACAUUUAUAAGAAGAUCCUGAAGUCCGGCCUGGGCGAUUCCUUCUACAUUCGCACCCAUUUUGACCAUGAGGAAGAGGAGACCCGUGGCCUAAGCUUCACCCGGGGAGAGGUUUUCCGUGUGUUGGACUCAAUGUACCGUGGAAAACUGGGAACCUGGCUGGCCGUUCGCAUGGGAAAUGAUCUUUAUGAGCUGGACAAAGGAACUAUACCUAACCAGACCAGAGCUGAAACUUUAGCCAGCACAGAGCGAAUUCAGAGAAUCCAGAGCGCGGAGAGGCAGUCUUCAGCUCCCAGGGCAGAGUUUUGGAAACUUCGGGGUCUCAGAGGGGCCAAGAAACCUGUGAGAAGAACACGGGAUGACCUUCUUCAACUGACGAUCCAGGGCAAAUUUCCUGCAUAUGAGAAGGUUGUUCUAAGAGAAGCCAACUUUAAACGGCCUGUUGUCAUUAUGGGUCCACUGAAUGACAUUGCAAAUGAGAAACUGGCUAAAGAAAUGCCUAACAACUAUGAGGUGGCAGAAAUGGUUGCUAGAAGUGGUGCAGAUGAAGCGCCGUCUGUCAUCAAGCUAGACACAGUGAAGAGAAUAGCAGAGAAGGAUAAGCACCCUCUACUGGACAUCACACCUACUGCAGUGGAGAGGCUCAGUUACAUCCAAUAUCAUCCAAUAGUUCUGUUUCUGGAGCCUCACAGCCGCAAAGAUGUAAAAGCUAUGAGACAGAGAUACGAUCCGACCUCCAAGAAAAGCUCACGAAAACUGUAUGCUCAGGCUUUAAAGCUUAAGAAAAACUACAGCCACAUCUUUGCUGCACACAUUGAUCUGCAACCCACGUCAAAUGUCUGGUAUGAAAUACUCAAAGAGAAGGUUCAGCAAAAUCAGUCAAAACCUGUCUGGGUCUCAGAAAUGACACUGGAGGGAGGUGCAGAUGAGGACUUGGAUGCAUUCAACAAUGCCGAUGCCUCAGAUUAUCUAAGUGGUGCCAGCGACUAUGAGGACACCGAUGGCGAGCCCUACACAGACGGCGAGACCUACACAGACACUGAAGACCUAGAUGAGGCAAUACCCAGCCAACCUGCCAUCAUCAGGCGCCCCAGCGCUGCGCUAGCUCGCUCCUCAGAACCUGCCACCCAGCAGCGCCUCAGCCCUGACCCUGAGCUGUACCCUCAGGAUGAGGAAGAGGAGCCUGAGUAUAUUCUGCCUCCACAAGACAUGCCUUCUAUUCGGUACACCCCUGAGCCUCAAUACCACCAGCUGGAGGAGGCACCGUCACCAGUCCAGCGCAGUUUCUCAGACUCUGAGUUCCACACAGACCCUGCUCCAUCUGUCACGCCCUCAGAAGGCCCACCCGAUUUCAGGGCUCCAGAUCCAUACGCUCUUACUCCAGAGAGCCCACCACCUGUCACCCUGUCCGUCAUAGAGCAAAAAUUACAACAGACUCGUAAGGCAGAGUCAUCAAAACCAGCUCCAUCAUAUGUUGUUUUGGCACAUCAUGAAGCAAUGUUGAUGAGAAGAACCCAGAUCAGAGGCAGCGACAGUUCAGAUGAUGACAGACAAUUCAGUGACGAUGAUAAUGAAGAAGAUACUGAUGAUUGGGGUCCAGCAACAGAGCUGUAAUGUGCACAAGCCUUAAACACAUGUGGAUCACCACAUCUGGGAUUAAAUGUGAAUUUUUUUUACUGAACUGCCCUCAUGGACCUAGUCUGAGCACUCUUACCCCUGAACUGUGUGUGGUUUACAAACACAAGGUUCUUUUGGUUUUAAUCUUUUUGUAAAUCAAGCAUUUGGACUUUUCGUACAGGACAAUUUUGCCUAAUAGGACUCUGGUACAUUUAACCCACUGUAUUAAAUUAUAAUCACAUAUGUUUUAAAUGUGAACUGUUUUAGAAUAAAUACU